CUUCAAAUUACAGUCAAUCCAACAACAGCGUUCACAUCCUACUCUCAACAGUUGAGAAUAAAAUGUCACCGCUCUGGAUAUUCUUGGUCGUUUUCCUCGAGCCAAUGGUGAUGGCCGACGGCAAUGUGGAUAAAAAAUGCAAUGAUGAAAUUAAAACGAUGCUCGCCCAACUGCUUACUGACGUUGGAAAUUUGAAGAAGGACGUUGACUGCGUGAAAAUCAAACAAAGCCUGGAUUUGACUACAUUGGAAAACGAGAAAACAUACCAUAUGUACAAAAAGAAGCGGAGCUGGGAUGAGGCAAAGGCAUACUGCAAAAGUAAAAUGAUGGAGCUGGCGUCCCCGAAGACCUUACAGGAAAUACGUUUGCUGAAGAAAAGCGUAAAUAAUGAAUAUAUUUCAGGAGAAAAAUAUUGGUUGUCCGCAACUGACGCGGGACGGCACCCAGGAAACUUCACGUGGUACGACGGAGAGGUCUUACCCGGUGACAGCCCGUUGUGGGACACAGAAUACGGCGAGCCAAAUGAUUUCGGCAAUGGAAAGGCAUCUUGCGUUGCGAUGGGUUCCUACACGUUAGAUAACCCUAAAUUGUGUGAUGUUAAUUGUUUCUCUGAAGCAUACGUAGUUUGUGAGUCGACUUCGGAUUGUCAGUAAUAAUAAUUAAUAAUAUACAGGAAGGUACGCGUUGUUUGUAAAAAAUA